AUUCCCCCUCUAACGGACAAACAAAGGAAUUCUGAUCUGAUUGUGGUCUCUCAGGUGAAGCAGCUGGUGGAUGAAGAGCUGUUUGCCCGGUAUGACCGCUUACUGCUGCAGUCCAGCCUGGACCUCAUGGCCGACGUGGUGUACUGUCCCCGUCAGUCCUGCGGCACGGCGGUCAUGGUGGAGCCAGACUCAACCAUGGCCAUUUGCUCAGCCUGCCAGUAUGCCUUUUGUACACUGUGCAAGAUGGGCUAUCAUGGUCUCUCCCACUGUAAACUCCCUGCAGAUGAAUUGCGUAACCUCAGAGAUGAAUACCUGUCAGCCACACCUGCGGGGCAGAAGUUCAUGGAGCAGCGCUUUGGGAAGAGGGUGAUCCAGAAAGCUGUGGAAGAGUCCUUUAGCAGAGACUGGCUCAAUGAGAACUGCAAAGGCUGCCCUCGCUGUGGAACCAACAUACAGAAAGAUGAUGGCUGUAAUAAGAUGACCUGUACCUCGUGUAGACAAUACUUCUGUUGGCUGUGUCUGGGCAUCCUCAGCAAAGUCAACCCUUACAGCCACUUUAACAACCCAAAUUCACCCUGUUACAACCAACUCUUCCAAGGUGUGGAUCUUGAGGAAGAAGAUGCCUUCUGGAGUGAUGAAGAGGACUGACACCUGGGCAGUGUCUGAAUGCUCCAUCUGAAUGCACUUUAUCUCACUUCAUCUCACAUCACUUCACCUGUGACACGUACCAUGCCUGCAAAAGCCCAGGAGUGCCCCUUCAACCAUAUACAUGUACCAUGGUUUAUGUUUGGAAUAUAAUAAUGCAUCUUGAGUAGAAAACAAGUUGUUUAUAUUUACUUUAUAUAUGACGGAUGACAUGUAUAUAAAGUAUUUGUUCAGAGAGGAUUAGAAAUAAAAACGGUUAUAAUUAUACACAUUGUUAAAUAUUCAUGAACAUCAAGACUAUAUUAGAUAUUUUAGAUAUGACAAUGUCAUAGGACCUAACUGUUAUUUCAAGCUCAAAGAUCAUCCGUGUCUGUCCGCUUGGGUUUUUUCAUGAGCUUUGACAUCUCACAGGCUUGCAAUGAUCAACAGGUGAUACUGCAACCACUGACUGUUUGGUAAAUCCAACGUGGCUGCCUCUAUUUGCCCAAUAACUGCGUGUUCUAGGGAAAUGGAGGACUGCAUUUGGCCCUUUUUAUCAUGAUAAGUAUCCUGCUUGUUAUAUUAAAUAUCUAACUUCUUUCUGGCUUUAUGUCAAGUGUCACAACUAUGCCACCAACUAACAACUUUUCAACAACUCCCAAGGUGGAUAAUUGCAUGAUCUUCAUAGUCACGAACAUAGGGAAAGCAAUGGAGGCACACUUGGAAAUACGUCGCCCAGAUAUUAUCAUCAUAGACAUUUUUGUAUCUAUUGCCAAAAUGUGAUAUUUGUUCUCCUCUCUGAAAAUAAUGUUCUAAUUUGUUUUCCUUGAGAUGAGUUAUUUUACUAAAGCACACCUUUGCACAUCAUGUGAUA